CUCGACGUCGUCGAGUUCCCACUCUUUCUCUCGAGUGCAGGUUGCAGUUUGCAUCGCUCCGACGAGUUCUGACGUUGGUUGGUGAUGGCAGUAAGGACCGUGAUGUUUUAUUCAUCACACCGGUUGUUAGUUUAAAGUGUGACUUUGGGUCCUACGGUUCGCCAUGUAUUCCGUUCCCGGGUUGGAGAAACGACCUUCGUGCUACGACGAGUACCGAUCCUCGCUGGAGCCAAAGUAUCGGACCAUGGCCCGCGAUGAGCUGCACGAGGACGAUUACACCCGCGAACCGGCGCUAGCCCAGAUGCGUGAGUUCAUCGCAAAACAUCCGCAAAUCGUGCGUUGCCGUACGGACGCCAUCUUUCUGCUGAGGUUUCUCCGAUUCCGGAAGUUCAACGUUGUAGCAGCCUGUGAAACACUGGAGAGAUUCCUGAUGGUAACGCAAGUGGCUCGGCCGUUUUUCCAAGUGGACCCUGAAGCCCAAGAGCAUCUCAUCAAGCAGCGCCUCAUCGUACCACUGGGACGGAAUCGCCAGGGAAAUCUCGUGGCCACGAUCAGGUUCGGUCAGUCCGACCCCAAAACCAUAACCCCAGAACACUUGUCCAGUUUGGCGUCCCUUCUCAUGGAAACGUACAUCUACGAAGAACUGUACCAGGUGACCGGGCUGGUGGUGGUGGUCGAUUGCGCCGGCGCCACGAUGGCCCACUUUGGCGCGAUGACGCUGCCCAAGCUGAAGAUCAUGAUGACCGCCACGAACGAUAUCCUGGCGGCGCGCGUCAAGCAGAUUCACGUCGUCCAGCUGCCCAAGUAUGCGGCCGUGGUGGCGGACUUUUGCAUUGCGGCCCUCUCGACCAAGCUGCAGCAAAGGUUAAAGUUCCACAAGACGCUGGACACGCUCAAGGACGACAUCGACCCGGAGGUGCUGCCGACGAUCUACGGUGGCAAGCAGUCGCUGGAGGAGGCCAACGAAAAGUUCCACAAGCUAGCGCUGUCCCAGCGGGACCGAUUCCUGAAGCAGGCCGAGAUGUACAUCGACCUGUCGAUUCCGGCGCCGAACGCGAAGAAUGCCAACGCGGCCCUCCAGAGUAGCGUCGCCGACGAGUCCGUCAUCGGCAGCUUCCGGAAGCUGAACGUGGAUUGAUUGAGAGAGGGCAGUGAGAACUUUGAAUGUCGACAGGACAGAGAGAAAGAGAGGAGGAUUCAUGGCUAAAACGUGCUGUGAUAGGAAGAACGUUGCAACCUUGGUUCAUAAUAAAGUUUUGUUACAUUUCAAACUAUGGUUCAACAUGUUAAAAAAGAUUGUGAUAGAUCGUACGAAUAAUUACAACAGCAGAAAAGAAACAUGUUGCACAAAGAAAGAGGAAACCAAAUCCAAAAUUCCAAUGAUAACUUUGUCAUAUUUUGAUAUUCAGAUAAGAAAGCAUAGUUUUCUCCGAAAUUUUGGAAACAAUUUAUGCAACCCUAAUCACAAAAAAACAUAUAUUUGGAAACAACACCGUUUUAGAAAAUCUAGUGUAUUUUGCACGACUGCAAUGAUUAGAUCAUUUCUGCAAUAAUUAAUUUUUCAACUGGUUAUGGUGAGUAGUCUGCAUAAGUUCACUGUAUAAUUUCAUAGAUAUAAACCGUUGUCAUUUUAAUAAAAAUCAUUGUCAAGAAAACAAACGA